AUGAAUGAAUAACAAUGUAAUUGAUUUCAAUUCUAAAACUAGUUAUGAAAUAAACAGCAUAAAUAUUUUGUUAGGAUCCUAAAAUAAGAUAAUCUUAAUGUAUAGAUGAAAGAAUAUAACUUUAUGAUUAAGUGUAAUAUACAUAUUUAAUAAUAAUUCAGAUUAUGUAAAACUCUUGGUAAGACCUAUCCAACAAUGAAUCAAACUUUUAAUUAAGAUUGUUAAUUAGAAAAGUUGCCACAAUAAAAUACUUUGUUAGAUUCCUUUAUUAAAAAUCUACUUUAGAGUGAUAAAGGGUUAGUAUAUAUUUUAUAUUAAAUUAGAGCUAUGUUUUGUUAUAAUCAAUACUAAUAAAAUAGAUUACCCUAACCUAAAAUAGAAUAAAAUUAGAAUUAAUAAAGAUUUCAAAGAUAACCUCCCAAUUAUAAUUAAACUUAAUAAUAAGACCGUUAUAAUGAAUAUCAAAUACCUUCUUAAUAAAGACAUGUAAUAAUGGAAAAUUAAUAUCAACCAAGAUUCCAAGGAUUAUCUCAACCUUUUAAUAAUUCUUAAUUGUAUAAUUCCAGAGUAUAUAAUUAACAAAAUGAUCAAUAACCAAUUUAUACAUUUGAUAUCAUUGAAGAAUCAAAAAGAAGAAGAAUCUAAUAAAUUCAAAACUAUAGAUAUAAAUGA